AAUGAAUUGGCUUCAUGUAUAUUUCUUUAUUGUUUUAUUUUAUUCAUCAAUCUAUUGUAAAAAAGAGUAUAAUACUUAUGAAACUGAUGAAGAAGAAGAUAAUAAACGAUUUAAUAUUUAGAUAAAUCAUUAAAAGAAGAUAUGAUGAAUGAAGAUGGUUCAUAUUAUGGUUCAAAUGAUAAUGAAGGACAAUCUGAUAAUACAGAAAAUAAUUAUAAAGAAAAUAAUUCAGGUAAUUCUGAUUCGAAUGAAUCAGAAAAAUAUUCUGAUAAUGAGAAUUAUGGUUCAACUUAUCAAAAUGAUUAUGAUUCCAAUUCUAAUGAUGAGGAUAAUAAUAAUAAUAAUAAUGAUAAUGGUGAUGGUAAUAAUGGUUAUAAUGAUGAUUACAAUAAACCAAAUCGUGACAAUCGUUACAAUAAUAAUAAUGGUGAGGGGAAUUCGGAUGACUACAAUGAAUAUAAGAGUAAAACGAAGAGACGACCACGAAAAAAUAAAUACAGGAGAGAAUCAGAUGAAACAGACGAAACUGAUGCUAAUAAUGAUGAUUCAUAUAAAAAAUAUUCAACAAGUUAUACACGGGAUAAAUAUCCAUCAAGGAAAAAAAAACCUUAUGGUAAACGUAACGAAUACUAUAACAAUGCUGAUGGUUAUAAUGACGAGGAUGAGGAUGAUGGUAAAAAUAAAGAAAACUAUGAUAAUUAUAAGAAAAAAACUAAAAAACCAACUAGACGAAGGAAAAAGUAUACAACGAAUAAUGAUGAUUAUGGUAAUGAGGAUAAUGAUAAUGGGGAAAAUGAAUAUCGAAGAAAAUAUAAGCCAGUCUAA